GGAGGCGCUUAUCGUACGACUCCGUGUGCGCGUGACGCCAUCAUCUCCCCGGCAAGAACAGGAGGCGUGGCCGCGCGGCUUCGGAGCGUCACUGCCGUAAAUGUCGAAAACACGGCUAUCCUGCCAAAAGGACGUACGAGCUAUAUUACGAGUAAAUAUUUUCCGUCAUUAGUAGCAGUAGACUCGGAACAGAACGCGUAGACAUUUCUACACGGUAAGAAGAUGAUGAAAAACGGACACCAUCAGGCGGUAACAGCGGGUGACGAGGCGGAGAGCAAACCGGCGGCAGUCGCCUGCAGUCCCGAGAAGAGAAGACGCGUCGUGAGAGUGUGGUGUGACGGAUGCUAUGACAUGGUCCAUUAUGGACAUUCAAACCAACUACGGCAAGCCAAGUCAAUGGGGGAUUAUCUCAUAGUGGGAGUGCAUACUGAUGAAGAGAUUUCGAAGCACAAGGGCCCACCUGUCUUCACACAGGCCGAGAGGUACAAGAUGGUGCGCGCCAUCAAAUGGGUGGAUGACAUAGUGGAGAGUGCGCCGUAUGUUACCACUCUGGAGACUCUGGACAAGUACAACUGUGACUUCUGUGUACAUGGAGAUGACAUCACUCUGACAGUAGACGGAAAGGACACAUAUGAAGAGGUGAAAAAGUCAGGCAGAUACAGAGAGUGUAAGAGGACACAGGGUGUGUCAACCACAGACCUGGUUGGCCGCAUGCUCCUGAUGACUAAAGCUCAUCACAGCAACAUAGGAAGUUCAGAUUAUCAGCAACACACAGACAACUUUGGAAGGGGUCCAAAGGGUCACAGUCCCUGGACAGGCGUGUCUCAGUUUCUGCAGACGUCCCAAAAAAUCAUCCAGUUCGCCUCGGGGAAGGAGCCGCAGCCGGGGGACACCAUUAUAUAUGUGGCUGGAGCCUUUGACCUUUUCCAUAUUGGCCAUGUGGAUUUUUUGGAGGCAGUUUACAAGCUUUCGGACAAGCCAUACGUUAUUGUCGGGUUACAUUUUGAUCAGGAGGUGAAUCGCUACAAAGGAAAGAAUUACCCCAUCAUGAACAUCCAUGAGCGAACACUGAGUGUUCUGGCCUGUCGGUAUGUCUCAGAGGUGGUCAUUGGAGCUCCAUACACAGUUACAAAGGAUUUGCUAGACCAUUUUAAGGUGGAUCUUGUUUGUCAUGGAAAGACUGAAGUGUUUCCAGACCGAGAUGGCUCAGACCCCUAUGCCGUACCUAUGAGGAAAGGUAUACUGCGGAUUGUGGAUAGUAGAAACACUCUCACCACCGAUGACAUUGUGCAGAGGAUAAUAAAAAACAGGCUGCUGUUCGAGGCCAGGAACCAGAAGAAGGAGGCGAAGGAGAUGGCAAUGAUCCAAGCCAUGAAGCGGCGGGAGGAGGAAAAGGCUAAAGAGAGAUCUCAGGCUGUGCUAUAGAGAAGCUGGUAUUCAUGUGUAAACUCUGACUCCAAAACCUCACCAUGCCCUUUCUGCAGAUGUGUCCUCAUACAAGUUAAUUACACAAUCAUUUUAAUGUUGUAAAUCUGUCUGCUCCCUGUAACCAUUCCUCUGUGUUAAAACCAUACAAAAGGUCUGAUAAUACGUUAUAUGAACACUACAUGAAGCCUUGUCAGAAGGGAUUUUUAUUGUUUUAAUAUUUGGGAGAUUUUUUUAUUAAUGGUGGCAUUCCUGCAUGAGUUUUAGCAUGUGAGAAGGUGUGUGUGUGUGUGUGUGUGUGUGUGUGUGUGAGAGAGAGAGAGAGAGAGAGAGAGAGAGAGAGAGAGAGAGAGAGAUCAGAACGUUUGUGAUCCUCACGGGCACUCCGGAUUUAAUGUUAUACCUUUCAAUCUAAAUCUGUCAUCACACCACUUACAUCAUACUGUAAAUAUGUAUUUUAUGUAACAUGUACCUAAUAUAAUAGAGCUCUUUAUUUGACUAAGUAAUUAUUUAAAUAAUAAUUACUCUGCAUGAAUAACUGUAAGAUUAUUCAAAUGAUCGUACGAAUGGUUAUUUAAUUCCAUCUCGUUUAAUGGCACAUAAACCAGAAGCCUGUACAUCAUGUCUGAGAAUGGCUUUGUUGUCUUCUACCGUUUGUCUUUUUUAAACACUUCACUUUUUUCUUUUUUCCCCACACAUAGAUCUAAUCUUAGAUCUAAUCUAAGACAAAAAAAGGCAUAAAAAAUUGUCCCAGAGUGUUAUUUUUAAAAACAUUUAUAAUUAAUAAUUUACAUAGUAAAGUGUGUCACUGCUGUGGAUGAUAUAUAGCUAUAAUAUUCUGCUAACUUGGGCCAUUUCCAAAGCUAAUUUCAGGAGUUGAUGGAUUUUUCUCCUACAAUAAAUGAUUAAUGUUUA